GCUCGCCGCUCGCACACACCCGCUGCUCCCGCAUCGCUGCUGCGCGCCCCCUCCUGCUCGCUGCUUGUGUCCCGCACACCCCUCCGCACACCCCUCCGCACGUGCGCCUACCUGCCCGCACCCGCGCACACCCCUCCGCACGUGCGCCUACCUACCCGCACCCGCGCACACCCCUCGCCACGUCACCAGCGCCGCCCGCGGCUUCGACCAGAAGAGAAUCUAGUCGAGCGGAGCGCCAGGCAUGGCGGCGGCAGGCGAGGGGCUGAGGGCGAGGCUGGUUCCGCGGUGCAUCAAGUGCCGCGAGCGGGACGCGGCGGCGCUCGUGAACCAGACCGAGGCCUUGUGCGCGCUGUGCCUGCGGGGCGCGCUGCUGGGCAAGUUCAAGUCCGCCGUGAAUGGCGGCAAGCUCAUCGCCAAAGACGACCACGUGCUCCUCGCCUUCUCGGGCGGCGCCGCCUCCAGGUGCGCGCUCGACUUUCUCCUCGCCAUACAGUCACCUUUCCUUGACUCACAAGGAGCAGCGCCGCUCGGCGCGCAAGGCGCGGCAGCGAGGGGGCGCAUUCCGUUCCGCCUCUCUGUGGGCCACGUGGACGAGAGCGUAGCUGUGGGCAAUGAUCUGCUGCCACGUGGCACAGCUGACAGGCUGGCAGGCGAGAUGCGCGAGGUGGUGAGGGACGCUGUGGCGACGCACAGAGAGGCGCGCGCUGCUGGCGCUGGCGUUGGCGCUGGCGGUGGCGGUGGCGGUGACAGUGGUGGUGGCGGUGGCUGUGCGGAGGGGAGAGGGCAAGGGGCGGCGAGGGGGGGAGGGCGGGGUGGAGAGGAGGGCGAGCAGCAGGGAGUGGCGGUCCACGUGGUUCCGCUGGAGAGUGCGCUGGCGCCCGGCGAGAGUGGGCCGGUGGGGAGUGACCCAAGCGGGGAUGGGGGGGGUGGCAGCGGGGAUGGCGGGGGUGGCAGCGGGGGUGGCGGGGGUGGCAGCGGGGGUGGCGGGGGUGGCAGCGGGGCAGAGCGCCUGGCAGCGCAGCUGGCGGCGGCAGUGGCGGGGGCGGCGGACGGCACGGGCAGGGAGGACCUGGUGGAGGCAAUGCGGAUGGACGCUCUGCACCUGCUGGCGUACAGAGUGGGGUGCAGCAAGAUAGUGGUGGGCACCACGGUGACCCGCAUGGCGGCGCGCGUCAUUGCCGCCACGGCCAAGGCGCAGGGCUUCUCCCUGCCCACUGACCUGGCGGUGUUUGACUGCCGCCGCCCCGUGCCCGUGCUGCGGCCCCUCAGGGACUGCUGCCAGCGCGACCUCGCCCUGCUCGCGCACCUGCUGCGCCUCCAAACCGUCUUCCUCCCCUCCCUCGCCACCCAAGCCUCCCUGCGCUCCUCCUGCCCGCCCGGCAGGCGCAGAGGGGGCGGAGGGGGCGGGGCAGCGGCUGGGGCGGGGAGCAUCAAUGCGCUGGCGGCAUCGUUCAUGGCGGGUCUAAACAGCGCCAACAGCGGGCGGCAGUUCACCGUCACACGCACCGCCCUCAAGCUGCAGCCCUUCCCCUUCAACCGAGCGCCCUCCCUCGCCCCUCCCUCCCCAUCCACUGCUGACUCUCCCCCCCUGCCUCUCUGCGCCAUCUGCCUCUCCCCCCUCCCCCCACCUGCCCACACUCCCCCAACCCCCUCCCAGCCCCUCUCUUCUGCUCCCUCCGCCCCCCUCUGCUGCAGCUGCCGCUGCGGCGUGAUGGGGGAAGUAGGGGAUGGCAGGGAGGGGGGACGGGCGAGGGGGGAGGAGAGAAAGGAGGAUGGGCAGGAAGAGGCGGAGGGAGGGGGAGGGAGAGCAGAGGAAGGGAGGGCGGGAGAAGGGAAGGGGUGCAGGGAGUUAAGGAGUGAGCGCGCAGUUGAGCAGCUUGUUGGGUUGCCAGCAGCCUUCCUGGCACGGGGAAGGGGCGGCAGUGCGAGCUACACUGAAUGGCUGAGGCAAGCCGAGAGGAGCAUGAUAGCGGACUGCCUGCUGGAGGGCCAGUGAGGGGCACCGUUGAGCACCUGGGUGCAUGCGACGCUACUCCAUGGCGCACAUGAGAUCAGCGCAUGCAUCCCUACAGUAGCUCAUGCCACAUGCCCCGUGGACUUGUAUGGGGCUCGGAUACACGUGCAGCCUAGUCCCAUUGCAGAGACUUCCAUCUGAAUGCUUGUGCCUUAGAACAUUUAUAAUAUUGGAGGAUACAUUGAGCC